AAAAACAUUACCCGUCAGAGCAAAAGAGUGCUGUGCAUCAGUGGGGUGUUCGAAAGUGCCUCUAGGCCACUGAAAUAUCAGUGGUUUGGGCCAUGAAGUAAAAGGGUUUAAGAGCAUUUCAGAGUUGUUACACGAUACAAACAUGUCCGCCUUAGGCACCGGAGUCUCAGUCUUGUCAAAAUACAUUUGGAAAGCUCCCGAGCUUGCAGGAUUUGGCUUUCAGCAAGUUCGUAACAAAUGGGUCGGAUGGAAAAUGAUACGUGACGUCAAGCGGAGGAACCUGGUCAAGCAACAUGCUCCUGAAAGGCUGAGGAUCAAUUCUAUCAGGAAAAAUAACAUCCUUCCUCCGGAACUCAGGGAAAUUGCAGAUCAAGAAAUCGCGGCGUUCCCACGUGAUUCUGGCUUCACAAGGAUUCAUAAUCGAUGCGUCAUUACUUCGAGAGCGAGAAGUGUUAUUCCGCGGUGGAGAGUUUCUCGUAUUGUUUUUCGUGACCUUGCAGAUCACAACCUGCUAUCUGGCGUUCAACGUGCCAUGUGGUAGAUUUAUAUAUCUGUAACAGCUUUUGCAACUUGUAGAUAAAAUUUCUUUAAAAAUAGAAUAAUAAUAAUAAUGAUAAUGAUAACUCCAA